CACAUCUACAUCAUCUCCUUGCACUCACCUUCUUCACCAAUGGACGCUGCUGCCCCGGAUGCGGCCGACGCGGCCGGCAUGGCGGAGAGCGCGGCGGAGAGCGCGCCGAGCCGCAAGCGACCGCACGAGGAUGCGGAUCCCCAGAGCUUUUGGAAAGCGCAGCUGGAGGCGAUCUACGCCCGGCGGAAUCCCAUGAAGGUGGACAGUAUCCCCGACCUCUUGCAGAAGUACCGAGGAAAGGAAGCUGUCCUCUACGCGAAGGUUUGUCACAAAUACGAUUGGAAUCCCAAGAAGUUCCAUAUAGACCCGCAGGCCUGGCUAGAAUACGACUUGACGGAGCAUCAUGGACAUCAGCCUAGUGCAAGCCCAGGUGAUGCGACCGCGGAGCCGUUCGAGGUGCAGGUGACCACGGUCUCAGGUGCCAAUUCCUGCAAGAUCAAUGGCCUGCUGCCCUCGAUUUCUGUGAAAGAAGUGUUGAUCCAGUCCUGCGACGCUCUGAAAAUGCGAGCCUGGUGUUCCAAGCUCUGCUUGGGCACUGAGAAGCUUUCGAUGGACCUCCAGCUGUCGCAAGCAGGUGUUUCUGCAGGUAGCUCGUUGACCUUGAUCCAAGAGCCCGACGCGGAAUUCGUGGAGUUCCAGCAGCGCUUCAUGCCGGAACCCCUCGAGGCAGUGCCUGAAGCGGUCCACGUGGUCUGGUGUGAAACCUGGGAGCGUGUCUUCGGCGGCCAGCGCGACACCGUGAUGCUGGGCGCCUUCCGUUGCCCUCGGAAGGCUCGGGAGGCAGUGCUCGAAGAGGCCAGCGAGGAGUAUCAUCAAGUGAUGAAUGCCGAGUUCAGAGGUCAAGGCAGUGGAGAAGAGUGCCUUCUUUCUUCGAGUGCCAAAAGCAUGUGCUUGAGCCUGGCGGACUCGGAGCACCACAAGCGCUGGCGAGUGGAAAGCACGAACCUCAUUGGAUGACGCCCCUCAUGGCUCGCGCCUCUCGUGGUCAGCUGUUGCAGGACCUCGGUGUUCGAACACACAGGCAGCUGGACAUCCACCA